AAAAGAAGAUGAAGCUGGGGCUUCCUUGAGGGGCUGGGCCAGUUCAAGCCGCUGUAGCUUCACCCAAGAAAUAAAAACAGCUGUGUUCCAAAAGGCACAUCACUUUCCAGUUCACAGAGGCGGAAACUUUCCUGCUGUUUUGAAUACCUACCUCCCUGCAGCAGAGGCGUCCUCUUUACUUUUUAGAAAACCGAACUUAAGUUUAGCGUGCUCUGGGUGCCCAGCCCUAGGCUAGGUGCUUUCAUAUGUAUUUUCUCUUGGAAUUUUCCCACCAACCCUCCCAAAUAGGCACUCGCCCCAUUUCACAAAUGGUGAAACAAACUCAGAGAAGUUCAGAGUCUUACCCAAGGCCACACAGCUGGAAUUAAAACCCAGAUAUCUGGCUCCAAAGCCCGUGAUCUUUCCACUUUAUCAAAGAGUUCUUCAGAUGCCUGCUUUCCCAGCCCUUCACCUGCACCCCGUCCCUCCCAAGUACACCGUCUGUGACUUUCCUCCCAGCAGGUGCCCAGGCGGGCCUGACCCAGGAGAUGACAGCUUACUCUGCUGGCCAAGCUAAUUGUCCUUGGGAAUCUCUGCUCCUUCAACAUCCAGCCCAAGGUGCCCUCUCCUUCCCCACUGACUCCACGGCACUUGCAACAGACCAGCCACACAGCACAGAGGACACUGCCCUGAUAUCCAGCAGGUUUUGAGUUAGUAUCUAUUGCCUGCUGUCUCUUGUUGGUUUGUCUCUCUCCUGUCGCACCUGUACUGCGACCUGAUCUUAUGUAUCUAGAUGUCCCCAGUCCCCAGCUUUGAGUCAGGCACAUACAAUGUGAAGGACUGAACGGACCAAGAGCUCCUGCAUGGGGCGGGGAACUCGCCCUCGGACAGGGGGCCAAAAGGCAGGCGAGGCGGCUCAGCCCACAACCCUCUCCCGGAAAGGACGGACGGGCGGGCGCGGUAAGCGCGUCCGGGCCCAGCAGGUGGCGCCGCAGAGGCGAGGCCCGGGGCCCUCCCAGCCCGUCCGGGGACGCGGCGCGCGGUCACGCAGUCCCUCUUCCUCCUGCCGGGGCGGCCCGGGCGGCCCGGCUGGCGCGGCUCUGCGCACUCCCGUGCGUCCCGGGAGCGUGUCUGCCGAUCUCUCGGCGCACCAGGCCGCUCCCCGCCGUAGCGGGCGCCAUGGCGCUCCCGGGGGCCCGGGCCCGCGGCUGGGCGGCGGCGACCAAAAUGGCCCAGAGGCGCCGCCACGCGGAAGGCGCCAAGGGGUCCCCGAGUCCUGCGCCCCCGAGCUCGCGCGCGGCGCUUUACGUGCACUGGCCGUACUGCGAGAAACGCUGUAGCUACUGCAAUUUCAACAAGUACGUCCCCCGCGGCGUGGAGGAGGCUGCCAUGCGGAGCUGUCUGGUGACUGAGGCGCAGACGCUGCUGGGGCUCAGCGGCGUGCGGCGGGUGGACUCUGUGUUCUUUGGUGGGGGCACCCCCAGUCUGGCCAGUCCCAACACUGUGGCUGCUGUUCUGGAGGCGGUGGACCAGGCAGCCCACCUGCCUGCAGACUCCGAAGUCACGUUGGAGGCCAACCCCACUUCGGCCCCAGGCUCUAGGCUGGCAGCUUUUGGGGCAGCAGGGAUCAACAGGUUGUCCAUUGGUCUCCAGUCCCUAGAUGACAAGGAGCUCCAGCUGCUGGGGCGGACACACUCGGCCAGUGAUGCGCUUCAGACACUGGCAGAGGCCCGACGUCUCUUUCCCGGACGUGUAUCCGUGGACCUGAUGUUGGGGCUUCCGGCACAGAAGUCGGGGCCGUGGCUCCGGCAGCUGCGGGAACUGCUGGGCUACUGUGACGACCACAUCUCCCUCUACCAGCUGACCCUGGAGCGGGGCACCGCACUCUUCACCCAGGUGCAGCGGGGCACCCUUCCCGCCCCUGACCCCGAGGUGGCUGCUGAGAUGUAUCAGGAGGGACGGGCGGUGCUCCGGGAGGCAGGCUUCCGCCAGUAUGAGGUCUCCAACUUCGCCCGCAAUGGGGCGCUUAGUACCCACAAUUGGACUUACUGGCAGUGCGGUCAGUACCUUGGCGUUGGGCCCGGGGCCCACGGGCGAUUUGUGCCCCAGGGGGCCGGGGGCCACACCCGGGAGGCUCGGAUCCAGACCCUGGAGCCCGACAACUGGAUGAAGGAGGUGACGCUGUUUGGCCACGGCACCCGGAAGCGCGUUCCCUUGGGCGAGCUGGAGCUGCUAGAGGAAGUUUUGGCCAUGGGGCUACGUACAGAUGUGGGGAUCACUCACCAGCACUGGCAGCGGUUUGCAUCCCAGCUGAGCCUAUGGGACGUGUUUGGAUCAAGCCAGGAGGUGAAGGCCUUGCUGGUACAGGGCCUGUUGCUGCUGGAUCACAGGGGUCUUCGGUGUUCCUGGGAGGGUCUGGCUGUACUAGACUCUCUGUUGCUGACCCUCCUGCCCCGACUCCAAGAGGCCUGGCUGCAGAGAGCCCCCUCCCCUGGGCAAGGGGGAUGACCAGAUGUUUCUGUGAUCCCAGGACAGUGCCAGGUGGGCUCUGGGGGCCGGACUGACGCUCUCCACUGGCAGGUGCCGUCCCAGUUCCAGUCAGUGCCCUUCCUUGGUAUCCCCAGGGGGUAUGGCUACCAUGAGGUGCAUGAGAGGACAUUGCUGGUUUGCAAACUGGCAUUGAGUUUGCCUUCCGCUGCCAGAGAAGGAGUAAUGGUUUCUGGAAGUGCCUCUCAUUAGUGGGCUUCAAAGGAAAUCCUGGCUGGCAGAAGAUUCUGAGAAAUCUAGCUCUCAGGCUUCUAGCCCUUCCAACAUAGGGCAGGACUUAGAGGGCCCGACCUGUGCGGCUGGACCCAUGCCCUUAUCCAGUACAGCCACCUGCUGGUCUCUGAGGACAGUGGGAAAGAUCAAAACAAGCCUUACCCUUUCUCUUUUGGCAACCGGGUUAUGUCUGGGGUCCCAGAGCCACACAGACCCUCCUGCGUCCCUGGCUCCCCUCCCCUCCCCUUCUCUCACGAGAGUGAAGGUCGCAGGGAGCUAAGCAGGGAAAGGGGAGGGGAAAAGAAUUCAGGAAAGACCCAGAGCCUGGUAAUUUUCCCCUGGCCUUUUACCUGCACAAACGAUUGCCUGGUUUUAUUUAAACAGCCCAACAAGCCCAGGGAGGGAGCCCGCCUUGACCUUCGUCAGCUCCUUUUUCUAGGUUCCUUCCCUGGAGAGUAGAAUCCUGAUUUGGGGGCUCGAGUCUUAGUCUAGAGCCGAGAUUCCUUCCCCCACUGUACAUUCCAUUUUAAAAGAUUUCAAACCUACAGGAAAGUUAAAAGGAUAGUUCAAUGUAAACUACAUAGCCUUCGUUGCAGGGUGCCUGUACAGUCUGGAAAGAGGAAGGAUUCAUAAUGUCAUCAAGGACAUCUUCAACCUGUAAAAAAAUAAAAUAGCCAUGUUUCCAGACUUUGUGCUCACCCUGUAGAGUUUGCGAUUGCUACAUUUUGGCCACAUUUACUUUACCUUUGAAUAGCUAGCUAGCUCUUUCUUUCUUUCUUUUUCUUUGCUGCACCAUUUGAAAGAAGGGUGUAGACAUCAAACAUUUUAGCUUGUAUCUCCUAAGAAAAAGAACAUUGUCCAAUAUAGCCACAGCAAUAUCACCAACCUAAGAAAGUGUAUGUUCGUGCAAUACUGUGUGGUCCAUUUUCAAAUGUUCCCGAAUGUCUCCAAAACGUUGUAACUCUCUUUGGAGCCCGGGGG